AUGCAUACACAAGUGAACGAGUCCCCGAAUAUUCACGCAACCCCCGGGCGACUGGUCCUCUCAGCACAAGACAGUACCGCACAGAUUGUCUUCGAUCUAGUUCGUGGUGGCUUCAAAUGGACAUCACCAUCUGGCGUGGCAGUGGAAAAUGGUCCAGAGCUGAGCAUCUACCGCGCCAUGACCUCUAACGAUCUUGGGUUUGGUGGAAAUGGUGCCGAAUGGACGGUCUGCAUGUUGGACUGGGCUCGCUCGAGCGUCGUCAAUGCCACUUGGGAGAAGAAGCGAAGCGACACCUCGCACGAUGUAGGCAUUACGGUCACGACGGAGGUGCGAGUCGCCCCUCCAACGCUGACCUGGGCUAUCCGAGCAACGCUCGAGUAUACCUUCUCCUUAUCUCUCAGCGCCGUUUCGGUUCAUGUCGAGGGUGAUCUGGAACGUCGGGAGUCUGCCUCGCCACAUCCUCAUGUGCUCCCGCGAAUUGGGCUGGAUCUUAAACUCUCUAAGCCGUACAACCGCAUCACCUGGUUUGGCAAGGGGCCGGGCGAGGGAUAUUGCGACAAGAAGGAAGCUGGACGAAUCGGGCUCUACAGUACAACAAUAGACGAGCUGCAAAUCCCGUACGAGGUCCCGCAGGAAAACGGCAGUCGCGGGGAGGUAUCCUGGGUACGACUUGAGGGUGAAGACGGAAUCAACGGUGCUCCGAUCCUCGAAGCAAGGAUGGAGCACAGGCCUUUUAACCUUACAGCGAGAAGACAUACGCCGCAGGAGCUAGAUCGGGCGAGACAUCCGCAUGAACUCAUAGAGUGUGAUAAUCUGCUGCUGAGCCUGGAUUAUGCACAUCAUGGACUUGGGUCGGGAUCUUGCGGCCCUCCUCCUUUCGAGCAUCAUCGGUUGUAUACUGGCUUUUUUGAGUUUACGGUUGAUUUGAAGUUGAUUGAUUAG